GCUGUGAUCCGGUCUUCAGCGGUUAACUCUCUCAAAAGUGAAUAAUGACGAAAAUGACUGUUUUCAGCGGCAGCCGCCCAGCGAGCUGCCGACAAAGGAUCCCGAACUCUUGCUGCCGCCUCCCCCCCAUCAGAGGGUCGCUCUGUCCCUCCUCCCGGCUCUGCCCCGUCCCCGCUGAGCGCAGAUCGCUGCAUUGGCGCUCCAUCCCCGCUAGAAAGAGAGCAGGCAGGAGCAGGAACCCGAGAUUCGCUGGCACGAUGCUGCACUUCAGCCGCUACCGAUAGCAGAUCGUGGUGUGCGCAGCCGGGCUUGGAACGGGAUUUUAAGGAAGAGAGAGAGGAGGGGGGGGGAAAAAAACAACAAGAAACAAACCGCCAGGCGCGAAGGAGGACGGCUUUUAAUCCGAAGGAGGGGGGAGACGGGCUGUGCCCCUCGGCGGGGCAGCGGGGCGGCUCUGCGCGGGCGCGGCCGCUGGGGGGGGUCCCCUCCGCCCGCCUCCCCCCGCUCCCCGCCGCCACUCGGCGGCUCCGCCGAGCAGCACCGCGGCUCCGGCUGCCGGGGCCGCCGCCGCUGCCGCCCGAGCUCCGAUGCGGGGGAGAGCGGAGGGGAGGCAGCGGCACGGCGGCGGCGGGGAAGGUGGGCGGUGAACUCGCUCGGUCCGAGGAAGGAUGACCGGCUUCGCCGCGAUCGUCUUUCUCCUGCGGCUUUUGCGCGAGGCGGACGGACAGGCUUUCCCAGGUGGUUGUUCCUUUGAUGAGCACUACAGUAAUUGUGGUUAUAGUGUGGCCUUGGGAACCAAUGGAUUUACCUGGGAGCAGAUCAAUACCUGGGAAAAGCCAACAAUGGAUCCUGCAGUCCCAACUGGCUCCUUCAUGAUGGUGAACAGCUCUGGACGGGCAUCUGGGCAGAAAGCUCACUUGCUUUUGCCCACGUUGAAGGAAAAUGACACACACUGCAUCGACUUCCAUUAUUACUUAUCCAGCAGAGAUCGCUCGAGUCCUGGCUCUCUGAAUGUCUACGUGAAAGUGAAUGGAGGACCACAGGGCAAUCCCAUAUGGAAUGUCUCAGGGGUUGUUACAGAAGGAUGGGUGAAAGCAGAACUUGCCAUCAGUACGUUCUGGCCACAUUUUUAUCAGGUGAUAUUUGAAUCUGUCUCUGUGAAAGGACAUCCAGGGUACAUAGCUGUGGAUGAAGUCAGAGUUCUUGCCCAUCCAUGCAGAAAAGCACCUCAUUUCUUACGGCUUCAGAAUGUGGAGGUUAAUGUGGGACAGAACGCGACAUUCCAGUGCAUUGCUGGGGGAAAGUGGUCCCAGCAUGACAAACUCUGGCUCCAGCAGUGGAAUGGGAGGGACACUGCACUGAUGGUCACUCGAGUCGUCAACCACCGGCGUUUCUCUGCUACGGUCAGCGUUGCUGACACCUCGCAGCGCAGCAUCAGCAAAUACCGCUGUGUCAUUCGUUCAGAUGGUGGAUCUGGAGUUUCCAAUUAUGCAGAAUUAAUAGUGAAAGAACCCCCAACUCCUAUUGCCCCUCCUGAACUGCUGGCUGUUGGAGCCACCUACCUGUGGAUCAAACCCAACGCCAACUCCAUCAUCGGAGACGGGCCCAUCAUACUGAAAGAGGUGGAGUAUCGGACAACCACUGGGAACUGGGCAGAAACACACAUUGUGGACUCUCCCAAUUACAAACUGUGGCAUCUGGACCCAGAUGUGGAGUAUGAGAUCAGAGUGCUGCUGACUCGCCCUGGAGAAGGAGGCACAGGACCACCUGGACCGCCACUCACAACAAGGACAAAAUGUGCAGAUCCUGUUCAUGGACCACAGAAUGUAGAAGUUGUUGAUAUCCGUUCCCGGCAGCUGACAUUGCAGUGGGAGCCCUUUGGUUAUGCGGUGACCCGCUGCCACAGCUACAAUCUCACAGUCCAGUACCAGUAUGUCUUUAACCAGCAAAAAUUUGAGGCAGAGGAACUGAUCCAAACAUCUUCCCACUACACCUUGCGAGGUCUUCGGCCGUUCAUGACCAUCAGGCUGAGACUGGCCCUUUCUAAUCCGGAAGGCAAAAUGGAGAGUGAGGAGCUGGUUGUGCAGACUGAGGAGGAUGUUCCUGGACCUGUUCCCUUGGAAUCCAUCCAGGGAGGACCUUUUGAAGAGAAGAUCUACGUUCAGUGGAAGCCUCCAAAUGAGACAAAUGGCAUCAUUACACUUUAUGAGAUUACUUACAAGGCCGUUGGGUCUCUGGAUCCCAGUGCUGACCUGUCCAGCCAAAGAGGGAAGGUCUUCAAACUAAGGAAUGAAACACAUCACCUCUUUGUAGGAUUAUACCCAGGGACAACGUAUUCAUUCACCAUCAAAGCCAGCACAGUGAAGGGCUUUGGGCCACCCAUCACAACACGGAUUGCAACUAAGAUUUCAGCACCAUCGAUGCCGGAGUACGACACGGACUCGCCCUUGAAUGAGACAGACACCACCAUCACUGUCAUGCUGAAGCCUGCUCAGUCCCGGGGAGCCCCUGUCAGUGUCUAUCAACUCGUUGUCAAGGAGGAGAAGCUGCAGAAAGCUCGCAGAGCUGCAGACAUCAUUGAAUGCUUCUCCAUCCCAGUGAGCUACAAGAACGCCUCCAGCCUUGACUCACCUCACUACUUUGCAGCCGAGCUGAAGCCCAUCAACCUGCCUGUCACACAGCCCUUCACCGUGGGCGACAACAAGACCUACAAUGGCUACUGGAAUGCUCCUCUUUCUCCCCUGAAAAGCUACAGCAUAUACUUUCAGGCUCUUAGCAAGGCAAACGGCGAAACAAAAAUCAACUGCGUCCGGCUGGCAACUAAAGUGCUGGGUAGGCAACAGGCGACCACACGAAACCCACCCGGCCUCCUGAGCACAGGAGCUUCCACCCAGAAUUCCAAUGCAGUGGAGCCAGAAAAGCAAGUUGACAGCACAGUGAAAAUGGCUGGAGUUAUAGCUGGGCUUCUGAUGUUUGUUAUUAUUCUCUUAGGAGCAAUGCUUACCAUCAAGAGAAGAAGAAAUGCAUACUCCUACUCCUAUUACUUGCAUUCAAGCCAAUGUUUUAGGGGCCUCUCUGUCUUCUACAGGACCAGGAAGCUAGCCAAGAAGCAGAAGGAGACUCAGACCAGCACACAGAGAGAGAUGGGUCCUGUGGCCGCUUCAGACAAGGCCUCUACCAAACUCAGCGCUGUUCACAAUGAAGAAGCUUUCUCUUCCAGCUGCCAAGAUGUUAAUGGAUUCACAUCACCCUCUCCUUGUUCAUUUUCUGUCCAAAGCAAAACCCUUCAGAGCAAAUCUUUGUUGAAUUCCUACUACUCAGUAUCAUCAGACACAGUUCCAUCAACCACGCUGUUAGACAGUAGCCAUGGAGAGAUGACUCAGCCAACCCUGACUAUCCAGACCCACCCGUAUCGGAGCUGCGAACCAGUGGAAAUGUCCUACCCACGGGGGCAGUUCCAGCCAGCCAUCCGAGUGGCCGAUCUGCUGCAGCACAUCACCCAGAUGAAACGUGGACAGGGCUAUGGAUUUAAAGAGGAAUAUGAGGCAUUACCUGAGGGGCAGACGGCAUCCUGGGAUACAGCCAAGGAAGAUGAAAAUCGCAAUAAGAAUAGAUAUGGAAACAUAAUCUCCUAUGAUCAUUCAAGAGUGAGAUUGCAGCUGCUGGAUGGGGACCCUCACUCUGACUACAUCAACGCCAAUUACAUAGACGGGUACCACCGGCCUCGUCAUUACAUUGCAACUCAAGGGCCGAUGCAAGAGACAGUGAAGGAUUUCUGGAGAAUGAUUUGGCAAGAAAACUCUGCAAGCGUUGUCAUGGUCACCAACUUGGUGGAAGUGGGCAGGGUGAAGUGUGUUCGGUACUGGCCAGAUGACACAGAGGUCUAUGGGGAUAUUAAAGUCACAUUAAUUGAGACAGAACCACUGGCAGAGUAUGUCAUACGCACAUUUACAGUACAAAAGAAAGGCUACCAUGAGAUCCGAGAGAUUCGGCAGUUCCACUUCACCAGCUGGCCAGACCACGGGGUUCCUUGCUAUGCCACGGGCCUCCUGGGCUUUGUUCGGCAAGUAAAGUUCCUCAACCCCCCAGAGGCAGGACCCAUCGUUGUGCACUGCAGUGCUGGGGCUGGGAGAACAGGGUGCUUCAUUGCCAUUGACAUCAUGCUUGACAUGGCAGAGAACGAAGGUGUGGUUGAUAUAUUUAACUGCGUGCGAGAGCUGCGCUCCCAGAGGGUCAAUUUGGUGCAGACAGAGGAACAGUAUGUAUUUGUCCAUGAUGCCAUUUUGGAGGCAUGUCUCUGCGGCAACACGGCCAUUCCAGUUUGUGAGUUCAGAUCCAUAUAUUACAACAUCAGCAGGAUAGAUCCACAGACCAAUUCCAGCCAGAUAAAAGAUGAGUUUCAGACUCUCAAUAUCGUGACACCGCGGGUUCGGCCAGAGGACUGCAGCAUCGGCCUUUUGCCGAGGAACCAUGACAAGAACCGCUGCAUGGACGUGCUGCCCUUGGACCGGAGCCUGCCCUUCCUCAUCUCUGUGGAUGGCGAAUCCAGUAACUACAUCAAUGCUGCGCUCAUGGAUAGCCACAAGCAACCUGCUGCCUUUAUUGUAACCCAGCACCCUUUGCCCAACACCGUAGCAGACUUCUGGAGGCUGGUGUUUGAUUAUAACUGCUCCUCCGUAGUGAUGCUGAAUGAGAUGGAUGCUGCACAGCUCUGCGUGCAGUACUGGCCAGAGAAGACGUCCUGUUGCUAUGGCCCAAUUCAAGUAGAGUUUGUUUCAGCAGACAUCGAUGAAGACAUCAUCAACCGGAUAUUCCGGAUCUGCAACAUGGCCAGGCCCCAGGAUGGCUAUCGCAUCGUUCAGCACCUGCAGUACAUUGGCUGGCCAGCAUACCGGGACACCCCUCCAUCCAAACGCUCACUGCUGAAGGUGGUCAGGAGGCUGGAGAAGUGGCAGGAGCAGUACGAUGGGAGGGACGGCCGCACUGUGGUCCACUGCCUGAACGGUGGGGGACGAAGUGGCACCUUCUGUGCCAUCUGCAGUGUGUGUGAAAUGAUUCAACAGCAAAAUAUCAUUGACGUGUUCCACAUAGUGAAAACGUUACGGAAUAACAAGUCCAACAUGGUGGAGUCACUGGAACAGUAUAAAUUUGUAUAUGAGGUUGCACUGGAAUACUUGAGCUCCUUUUAGCCCAGCAGAGAGAGGGGAGCCUCCGACAUGGCAGACCCCGACCCCUGGCAGAUGCUUCUCCCCUGUCCCACACUAGAAGGAGGUAACAAGUGUGGGAAGGAAAACCUCUCCUUCUUGGAGAAAGAGACUGAGACUGGACGGACCAGCUGGAAGGAGGAGAUGAUGCCUGUAUUUGCUGCUGCCUGCUUUCUAUUGGAGCAUCUACCGCUUCUUAAAUAACCUACUGUAAAAAUAAGAGAAAUGGGAGACAGGCUGAAGGACUGGACUUUCUAAUCCCUUCUGACUUCUCUCCUCUUUAGGAUCGUAUUUUUGCUGUCCUUGCUGAAGAGUGGGGAAAGAAUGAAACCUUUAGGAAAUUCUCUUCUAAAUGUCUCCUUUUUAAGUUAUUAUUUUGUUCUCAAAUCCCAGUCUUUAAUUUUUGAAUUUCAUGCAGCAGUCAUUUGGGAAAAAUGAGAUAGCCAUAGGGAAUUUAUGAAAUGUUUCAUUAUGAUUUGCCUAUCUUAUCUGUCUUUGUUUUAUCUUCCAAAUGAAAAGGCCAACACCAAAAAACACUGAAUAUCUUUCCGCAUCUGGUUCCUUUUAGCAUGAAGAUGGUGGAGAUGAGGAGUUAGUUGUUCAUGGAUUUGCAUCUUGGCUUCUCCACAUUUCCCCCCGGUUUCUCCCAAGGCUGUGCAUGAACUGGUUACAUCUAUCAGGUCCAUGUUAGUUUCAGUGCUGGUGAAGCAAUAUUAAUGAGUUUCCCAGCCACUUAAACCCUGAAGUUAAAUAUUUGCAUCAAACAAAUUGCAUUUGUCUUGCAACUUUGGUAACGAUGUUACCAUAUUUUUCAAGUAUUUGCUGGGUUGCAGUGUGUCUUUGAAAAACAGGGUAUAAAGUAGGUAUUAUUGAUCAUAUACUAUGUAUUAUUAUUUUUUAAUUUAUUAUUUGUAUUGCUGUAGAACUUAGGACCCCUAGUCCUGACAGGUCCCUGCUGAACUAGGCUAGGCACUGUGCAAAUGAAGAACAAAGAAGGUUCCUGCUCAAGAGCUUUGAAUCUGAAGGUAAUCUUAAAAUUGAGUUUGAUCAGGUUUUCCUCGCUGUUCCCAAACUGUUGUACAGUCAGACAUAAUUGAGUGAUUUAUUCAGAUUUCCAUCCCCUGCAAAUUUAAAAUGGUAACCCAUCCAAGCUGCAGGAAGGGUGAUGGACAUACAAAGAAACCUGCUCUGGCACCUGCUAAGAACAGGCUUCAGCCAGCACAGCAACUUUCCAUCUUAAGCAAAAAGGCUUUUCUUUUGUUCUGCAGAAACCCCUGGGCAACUCUUCUUCUUUGCAACAAACAUCAGAAGGGUUUUGCCAUGAUUCUGGAUCUUGCUUUGACUUCUUAGAAGCUAAGAAAUUGUUUUUCUGAAAGAGUUUGUUUUAGGAGCUAAUCACUUAGGUCUACAGGAUAAUCUCUGUGAUUACUCUUAAAGGAACAAAGGAUUUAUGACAUUCAGUAUUUCAAUUUAGCCGUUUAUUUAUUCUGAGAGUGCAGGGAUCUGAGAUAGUUCAGUGUGUAAAUUAGAUUCUUGGUGAUGUAUGUUUCUUCAAACAUAGGCUUGCUUAAAGCUAGACAGGCAAGGGAAGAGUUUAAGGACAUUCCACUUUCUUACCAUUUCAUAGUAUUCCACCCUCUGGUAAGUGCUCAGAAACUGCUGGGAGCUCAGUCGUGUCAGUGCCUCGCAGAGAGCACCAGAAGCUUAAAAAAUUUACCAAUUCCAUAUAUAAAUUCAAAAGGCACCUCUGCUUCAUGGUCAUUCUUUGCUUGAUAAUUAUAUCUUUGUCUUGACAAUUAAAUCUGAUUGGAACCCUUAUUGACUCAGAUAUAGCAGUACCUACAAAAAAAUUACCAUCUCUGUCAGGACCUGCAGCAGUCUAAGAAACAAGGCUCGCUGUUUGGAAAUGGAAAUGAGAGAUUUGCAUAGGAUGCUGAACCACCGAGCUCUUGUUCUUUCCAAGAAGCUUUGGAUUCUUGGCUUCUUCCAAGGAAAUACCUUGAAGGUCUCAGGCAGUUGUGCCACAAAGCGUCAGUGGGAACCCCCUUACUGGUGCCUGUGCUGUGUGUCAGGUAGGGCCCUGCUUUCUGCAAGAAAUCACUUAAUCAACAUUGGGUUACACAGGGGCAGCAGGUAAAUGUCUGCUGUUUCACAAAAUAAACUAGUUGUUCUAUUUUUUUUUUCUGUUGCUGCUAAACUGCACAAACAACUCUGCUGUAGAAUAAAAGGCAAAGCAAAAUUAUGACAUGUGAGAAGGAAAGGAUAAUAUUACUGUUUGAAUUACAGGUGGUUUGCUUGGGGGCCAUUUGCAAAGAAGAGGAAAGAGGGAAUCCUGGUCCCAGGAUAGGAUUUUGCAAUUGCCAAGGUGUGAAGAAGCUACCAGCAAAAUGUUUGUGACUUCACUAACUCCAGAAAGCCAGAGGGAAUAACUCCCUAUGGAUGCUAUGGAAAAAUUAAUUAGUAUUUAGCAUUCUGUUAAUUUUACAUGGAAACUAGCAUACCCAUUGGACCCUUUCAGGAGUUACUGAAAGUCUAGUUCAGGCACUGAAGCCAAUGGCCUGGGUAAAAGGAAUAGAGAGGUAGAAUAAAUGGCAAUGUAACCAAGAAAUGAAGGGUAGAAGGUAGUUUCAGGCUAAGCAGUAGCAUGGAGGAAAGUGAAUUACAAAGGCAGCAGUCAGCCUAUGGCAGGGAUGUAUACAUGGAGAGAAGCAGGUGUUGGAUGAGCCAGGCAGAAGAGCUCUUGCAGUGAAGUUGUUUAAGGUCCUGAGGUAGGUUUAAAUGUAUUUUCAUGGUAUGAGGCAUGCUAGUACAGGGUCAGGUGCAAGCGUCAGCUGGCUCGCAGUAACCACACAUGCACCACAUGCUUUUAGCCCUCUGCAAAUGCAAAGUGAUAGCAUAGAUUUCAGUUAAGGGUCUUUAAGCUACAUUUUACCUUAUAUUUGCAGGGAACAAGUUCAGUGCAAAUCAUGGUGGUUCAUACAGCCCAACUGUUAGCCACAACUGACUGUGUGCCAGCUCAGGUCUGUGUUUCAGCUUUCUGGUGAUGUUCAGCCUACAGCCAGUGUGGAAGGAUGCAACCACUAUGGGUGAUGUUGGUUGUGGUCCAAACUGCUCCAUCAUCACACACGGGUACACUGAUUUUUGGGAACCCAGCUCCGGUCUGUAUUGGCUCAGGCAUCUUUGCAGUGUUCUUUGCUGCACGAUGCUUAUAUGUUGAAUAUGAAUUAAUGAUAAAGGGAAAGAGAAAAGAACUCGCUGUAAAUAACUUUCUUACCUUGAGGUUAUUUAAACAGUGGAGAGGAACCUGUAGCAACAUAGGUGAUGUGCUUGAAGCAAGAUUGUGGAUGUUGGGUCUGUUUUCUCUGAGAAAGAGAGAAAUUUUGAGAUAAUAAAGGAGGCUUUCUCACUCUUGAAAAGAUUGACAAGCAGGACAAGCUUUCCAACCUAAGUAUUGCCUGCUGCAGUUGGGGAGCAAUAAUGUAAGGUAGAAAAGGGGAGUUCCUCAAUGACUGAGUUUUAGGCUGUGUAAAUUUGAUAUUGACAGUAUUUGAAUAGUCCUAAUGAAAACACUUGUUCCCAUUCUGACAUCCUUCAGGAUUGGGUGAGAACUGUUUGUUGAUAAUAUAGUAUUGGUCUGAAGUGUAAUCUGAAAUUCAGAAAACUAGAAAUAAGAAGAGUAAGGGUACAGGGACUAUGCCAUACACAGGGCCUAAAACAUCUUAAGUUAUUAAGAGGUGUAACUGAAACAAAGAAUUCCAGAUCUACCUAGACCAGAUGCUGGAGAAGGAGGAACCUGAGCUGUCAGCAGGAAAGAGGUAGAGAAAAAUCUCUACAAGGUACAGAAGGUGACAAUCUGUUGGUUUUUUGUUUUUUUGGUGUUUUUUUUUUGAUUUUUUUUUUUUUAAUCUGUGAAAACUGCAUCCUUUGCUGCCAUCUUUUGUUAUUUUUUCCCCCCAGGGGAAAGAAUAAAUUUUCUUUGUGAAGGAAAGUGUAGUUGACCUUCUGUAGAUGGACUUGAGGUACUUGUCUAUUAAUGUGAAGGAAACAGACUGGAGUUGGUAGUACAAUGUCAGUGUGAAGGUAGGGACUACUGGUGGCAAACAAGCAGAUGGGAACUGGUGGUUUUUAUUUAGUAAAUUGAAAUAACUGAUGUUCUCUGAUCAGGAAAGUAGGAGACAUUGCAGUUCAUGAUUGAAAUUCAUUAGCAAAGUUGCCUAGAAUACUGCCAUGCUUAGUUAGCUUCAACUAGUUUUAUUAGUGCACUGGUUGAUCCUCCUUGGUUUAUUUGCAUUAGAGCCACUUAAGUGAGCUAGAGUUGUCCGUGUUGGUCCACAGACACCAGGUAAUUAGCAGUGAAAGAUUUUUCCAUGCACAGAAAACCCUCCUAUCACCUUUUGCACCAAAUCAAGCCACAGUUCUGCAUCCCAUCUCUCCCAUUCAGCCCCUGUCCACACGGUGCCCAUAUUUUAAGAAUGCCCAGGGAACUCCCAGAAAGUUGGCAGAUAUCAUGGGCAAUGUCUGUGAGCCCUGAGUGGUGUGAUCCGUGCACUCUGUAGGGCAGAGAUGGGAAUCACAGGGUGUAGCUUUUGCCUAGGGAAACACAUAUUUGUGUGUCAGUAAUUUUCCUGCCUUUUAUUCUGGAUCUGUAAGCUCCCUGUGAAAACAUCCAGUGGCAACACAAGACCCCACAGCAGUGGAUUUAAGCCUGCAGAUGGUAGCGUUGUUUUCCCAUGUAGUUUGCAUGGGUCCUUGAGGAGUAGUUGGUGGGAUUUCCCCUGGGAAUCUCAGGCCAGGCACUGUGGAUGUGCUGUUCUUGGUGUCCCUUGGUCGGAGGAAGGAGAGAGGCUCCCAUCUGCUGCAGUUGUUCUGAAGGCAGCAGUCUGGAAGAGGAGAGGAUAAAGAGAAAAGCAAACAGUGGAGGAGGAUUAAAUGGUGUCCUGAAACAGGUGAGAAACUUCCACUUUGUUCUGUCUCUUAUUCUUGCAGGGAUAUACUUACGUCUUUCCUACUCUUCAGAGUUUGUGCCAGGAUCAUAAAAAAACAAGUAGUAACACAUUCCACUCUGCAGAACUCUCUAUUGAGGGAGCAGGCAGUGUAACAGAGGGAAUAAAUCCCGAGGGACAAAGAUAAAAGAUUUCUUUCAGAGGAACCUUCAAAUCUGCGGUGCCUCUGUCUGUCACACUGUCAGAAAUCUUUGCAAGUCAGCAUGGAGCAUUGCACAGUUCUGGCAUAUUCCUCCAUUGCAAUUCAAUGCAAGUGUUGCAAUGUUUUCCACAUCCUGUAAUAAAUUUAAACAAUGUCUCAUUGGUAGCGCAGUUCACUUUUAGUCAUUGCAAAGGGCAUCUCAAGAACUUGGUUUGAUUCUGCUGUAUUCUAAUUUGAGGUACAAAGUUCACUCCAGCUUGUUAGGAGCACGGAUGGGACCUUGUACUGAAAGUGCUUCAGGAUGAUCUCUGCUUGUGAGUGUGAAGCUCCUCCUUGAAGUAUGCCUCCUUGAAGACCAGAAAGUGAUAGAACAGAAUACUGCACCUUCCCUGCACAGACCUUUCCAGGAGCAGAAACUGAGAGAGCCAGCUAAUUAAGGUUUGGUAUACAGAGGAGAGUAAUGAGGAUUCUGUUAAGCCUCCUACAUUCAUACUUAUUUAGAUUGCAGUCUUCUAUAGCCAUACAUACAUGCUAUACAAUUUAAAUGCAAGUGCCCUUCCUUUCCCUGUUCCCCAGUUCCCUGUAGCUCUUCCUCCAUUGAGGGCCAUCCAACAGCAUAGAAGCAAAGCACACUUUCUGCAGUUUUGGCAAGGGAUGCUAGGGAAAUGUAUCAUGUAGUAUAUGUUUAUUGACUUGGACAAAUAUCAGUCAUCUUCCUCAUCAUAGAAAUACCUGAAGGAUGUGCAGCUGAGUGUAGCAGUUGAGCACAUUCAUGCAUUUUCAUACACCAAGGCCAAAUCCUGGCGGUUCUGAGUUUGAUGCAGAGACAAAAAAACUCACUGACUUCCAGUGGUCUCAAGUCUGUAAUCUUUAUUUUCUGUGUUAAAAGAUUUUUAAAGUCUCCCUUGUAAACAAUACAUGGCAUUCAGUAUCUACAGCUUCACAUCGGAGUUGUGAAAACCUGGCAGCUUCUUCCAAAACAAGCAAAAUCUUUCCAUCCUUGUCCCAGUGCAUUUGGCAGGUUGUUCACCCUUAUUCUCUGGUUUCAACCCACACCUUAAGAAACAGAAUUAUGCAGCAGACUGAAUGAGAGAUGCAGUGUUUCCGUAGUAUUUCUUUGCAGAGGGGAAAAAAAAAAAAGAAAAAGAAAGGAAAAAAAAGGAUAAAAACAUUUUUCCUGCAAACCAGUUCAGUGUGAGCGGAUGCGUGGCCAUGAGCCAGUUCACGCAGUUGGCAGUGAGGUUUGCUGGUUGUUGUGAUGUGAUAUAUGCCAUAGGUGUAACCUUUGGGAUCAGUCCUGGUCUGUUCUGUACAGGUUUCCAAUAGAAUAGGGGUCACUGGAAACAGUUAUUGCAGGUGAUGGUAUUUCAGCGAAGGUUUUGUAAGGGAGAUCUGUUGCCCUGGAACACAACUGUCUGGGGGACUUGGUGAGGUGCUUGAGCAGGUGGCUCUGUGGAGGUGUAUGUCCUUCUGUGAGCACUUCAUCCUUCACUGGGCACCUCCAGGAAAUCUUGCUAGUGUGCAGUUAUGAAGGAAUGCAUUUGCAGGGGUGUUUUUGGGUGCAUGGCUGGCGCUUCACAAGCUUCAAUGAGUUUAGCUAUUCGGAAAGCCUCUCCAGGGCACCUGAUGGUUCUUGGCAUUGCUGAACUAGCUCUAACACUUCCCAUGCAGGACUUCCAUGUACAUGGCAUGACCCUCCUCACCUCUGUAGUCUGUUCUUAAGUCUCCAGCACUCCUGCUGCAUUUCAGUGCAAAAGCUGCAGCUGUGCCCUUGCCACAUUUAACUCGUACUGAUUUAACACACUGACAGAAUUCACUCCCAUGUUGAUUUCAUCUCCUUCCCCCUGUGCCAAUCCUGCUGAAAUUGAAAUGCUGUAGCACCACUUGUUGCCAGAGCUGUUACUCCUGCAGUCAGGAUGCUGUGGCCGCAUUGGGGUGAACAGGACCCUGCCCAGCACCCCACACGUGCUGCAUCAGCGCGUCUCUGCUGAUGGAUUCUGCCCCCAUCUCCCUCUCCUUUGGCCUUUAUGGAUUACUGGUGAAACUCACUUGUACAGUUUGGAUGUUUGAUAGAUAAAGCACGUAUGAAAAAAAAAAAGGAAAAAAAUAUAAA